CGGGGGCUAUCCGCAAAAACCCUAUCCCCAAAAUCCCCUGCUCCAUCCAACACCCGCGAACCACUCGAAGAAGGAUUCACCAGCUCUGCUCCUCCUCCCCCUGCUCCGACAAUGGCGCGCGCCGCCGUCUCCACCGCGCCGCUCUCCCGCCUCCACUCCCCUCCGCCUCCCGUCCACCACUGUACCGUGUCGCAUCCAGAGCUCCGCAUCCGCCAGCAGCGGAGGGCUCCGGGCAUCGCCUCGGCUCUGCCCGAGGUCGUCGCGGACCUCCCGCCGCUCUCCCUCCCCGCCGCGGCGGCUGCGGCGGCGGCGGUGGCGGCGGCGGUAUCCCUGUCGGACCCGGAGCGGCGGCGGAAGGCGCAGGCGGCGGCGGUGGGCGGCGGGGACAAGGAAGCCGUGCGCGCCUACUUCAACUCCACGGGAUUCGAGCGGUGGCGCAAGAUCUACGGCUCGAACACGGACGACGUGAACCGCGUGCAGCUGGACAUUCGCGAGGGCCACGCGCAGACGGUGGCCGCCGCGCUCGCCAUGCUCCGCGACAGCCCGGACGUGCCGCUGUCCGGCGCCACGGUGUGCGACGCCGGGUGCGGCACGGGGUCGCUCGCCAUCCCGCUGGCCUCGGCCGGCGCGUCCGUGCUCGCCUCCGACAUCUCCGCCGCCAUGGUGUCCGAAGCCCAGCGGCAGGCGGCGGCCGCGUCGGGAUCGGCAUCGUUCGUGAUGCCGAGGUUCGAGGUGAGGGACCUGGAGAGCCUGGAAGGGCGGUACGACGUGGUGGUGUGCCUGGACGUGCUCAUCCACUACCCGAGGGAGGAGGCCCAGAAGAUGAUCCGCCACCUCGCCUCGCUCGCCGACAAGCGGCUGCUCAUCAGCUUCGCGCCGCUGACGCUCUACCUGGGCCUGCUGAAGCGCGUCGGCGAGCUGUUCCCGGGCCCGUCCAAGGCGACCCGGGCUUACCUCCAUGCCGAGAAGGACAUCGAGGAGGCGCUCCGGGACGCCGGGUGGCGCGUCAGCAAACGUGGGUUCAUCUCCACGCAGUUCUACUUUGCCAAGCUCUUCGAGGCCGUGCCCGUCGCCGGCUCCUCCUCCUCCUCGUAGCUGCUGCUAGCCUGCUGUCUCCUUUGUGCAUGCAACUGUGUUCAUAUGAUUCUACCUUGGGAAAUCAAUUUUGAUCUAUGUAAUGUAUGUAUGUAUUUCUCUCUCACACACACGAUUUGUUGUCCUCCCUCCUGCCCAGACAACCGGCCGGCCGAUUUGUACUCUGGACAGCAGGCAGGCUUCAUGCUCUGCCCAUUAAAUUGGAUGAUGAUCGUCAGGACAGGAGAA